AGUGUUCGGUUCUCGCCGCAUGCAGAACAAAAACGGCUUUUAUUGUGUUUUUCACUAUAAUAUCAAUCGACCCAAAGUCUCAACAAACCGCGAGUACCUAAAUGUAAAGUAAUAUCGAAAGUUAAUGCAUACAACAACAGUCAAUAUUCGUUCCAAACAAACAACAGUAUUCAGUUGGACAGCACAACCUGCGGACACGGUUAAUAUACAACGCGAGUAGCAAUUGUGUCGGGGCGUUGUCAUAGAAAAAUCGUUGUUUAAUGCUCGUUAGGUGUACCUUUUCAAGCGAUAUGUGAACAAUUCGGAAUUCGGGUGGCUGGCUUUUAUCAGUUGGAAUUCUGUUAUCUUCACCAUGUUGUGAUAAGACGACUGGGGCAGAUAACCCACUAUUGCAAUAUAAAUAUAACGUUGUACCAGAUAAGAGGUGUGCGAUACAGGUGAAUAAUGUUUUGAUGAAAUUGGUGUAUUCACCAUCAAACUGCAAGCACGAUGACCACCAAAAAUGCAACAAAGUUUUUAUACGACCAACAGAACCAGUUUCAUUAAAAAAUCCGAAAAAAAUCACAUCAAACAUUUUGUGUGUGUGUUCGGCAAAAUAUAUUAUCCAAGAAACGUGUUUAUAAAUCGUGCGGUCUAACAGUGUUUCUUCUUCAAUAUUGACGGCACAGCGAUAUAUUUUUAAAAAUGGCUACCCAUAACAACCGCAAAACAUUGCAUCGUUGCAAUAAAACAGUGAACAAUUGUUGUGAUCGACACAGCGUAUUAGUGAAACCACCGAAAUUCGAUAAAUAUUUCAAUGAAAUGACACAACAGUCGACAAAUCGGUUUCGCCGGAAAAAAUCAAUUUUCCUAGUGAAUGAAGUGAUUUGGUGCUGUACAAUUGUGAUAGCUUUGUUACCGAUUGUAGCUGGUCAGUAUACCACAAGGGAUCCUAGAUUUUAUUCGAGAGAAGGGGAUUUCACUUACAAGUGGCCGAAUCCAGGAGAUCCAGAUUACAGAACCUAUACAUUUAACGACAGACGAUAUGGUCACUACCAACCAGACGGUUACGGAAGUCAAUAUCCGGGCCAGAAACAAGCCGGCCAAUAUCCAGCUGGUGUACCAUUGGGCGAAGACAAAUUUAAAUAUGAUCCCAACAAUCCACAAAACGUGCAAACACCAUUUCCGGGUGUGCUGGGAGGAUGGAGGCCAGAUUUACAGGGAAAACAGCGACGAGAUUCACUCAUACUAGACAGAGACAUAUUCGUUACCACAAACUAUGGCCAAGUUCAAGGCUUUAAGGUUCGACUCUUUGACGAUCCCGAUCCAAAGUCGUUCUAUCGACCUUGGCACAGUACCGUUGAUCGUGUGACCGGAGAAGUACAAGUAUUUUUGGGCAUUCCUUAUGCACUUCCACCGACUUUCGAAGGUAGAUUCAAACCUCCGCGACCUCAUCGCGGUUGGCAAUUAUUGCAAGCCGUUGAUUUUGGACCGGCUUGUCCUCAACCAGUUCGAUUUACUGGCGCUACGAAAGGCAUUCGUGACAUGGACGAAGAUUGCUUGUAUUUGAAUGUUUACUCUCCAAAUGUUGCGGCUGGUGUGCCACAGAAAUACCCUGUUAUGGUUUGGAUCCAUGGGGGCGACUUCCAUCACGGUGCGUCGAAUCUGUUUCCCGGCCAUAUAAUGGCAGCAUUUUACAAAGUCGUCGUGGUAACGAUAAAUUAUCGUCUCGGAGCACUCGGUUUUCUCGCGACUGGGGACGAAAAUUCACCAGGAAACUAUGGCAUUCUGGAUCAAGCUAUGGCAAUUAAGUGGGUCUAUGACAAUGCCGAAUUCUUCAACGGCGACAGAUCGUCAAUAACACUCUUCGGUCCUGGUGCUGGAGCUGCAUCGGCUGGUCUACUUAUGGUGGCGCCACAAACCCGAGACAUUGUGACCAAAGUCAUUGCACAGUCUGGAUCGGCAACGGCGGAUUGGGCUUUGAUUGUGGACAAAUAUCGAGCUCAAAAUACCAGUCGUGUGUACGGACAGGUUUUAGGUUGCUCCAUUGAAUCGUCUUGGAAGUUGGUGAAUUGUCUCCGACAAGGCCGGAGCUUUUACGAGCUAGGAAAUGCGGAAUUCAAUCCGCACGUCGGAACAUUCCCAUGGGGACCAGUACUGGAAAAUGCUACAACCACUUUCCCCGGCGAUAAUUGGUAUGAGGGUUGGAGAGAACAGGAUUGGCACUUUCUGAAAGAGACUCCUCAGCAACUCAUCAAAAAGAGGAUGUUUAAUCGAGGACUACAGUACAUGACAGGCGUUACUAUGCAGGAAGCGGCAUACGUGAUUUAUCAAAACGAAAGUCUUGCGCCGUUCUAUGAAGUCGAUCAACAGUUUUUCGAUCAGAAGGUUCGAGAACUGGUGCUGAGGUACAAUUACACGUUGAAUCCGAACGGUGUUUACGAAGCUAUGAAAUACAUGUACACGUACUGGCCGAAUCCCACGAACAAAACGCACAUAAGAGAGCAAUACAUUCACCUACUUUCCGACUUCCUUUACCGCGCUCCCGUUGACCAUAUGGUUAAACUGUUGGUGGAACAGAACGUGCCAGUUUAUAUGUACGUCAUGAACACCACCGUCGAAGGUCUCAAACUACAGGAAUGGAGAAAGGUUCCGCAUGAUGCUGAACAUUUCUUUUUAACGGGUGCACCAUUCAUGGACGUUGAAUUUUUCCCGCGUCGCGCUCGUCUGGACCGUAACAUGUGGACCGACAAUGAUCGAAACAUGAGCCACUUCUUCAUGAAGACAUUUACCGAUUUCGCUAGAUUUGGCAAUCCAACGCCACAACAAGUUCUCGGCAUCCACUUCGAUCGGGCAAGAAAUGGUGAACUGAAGUACCUAAAUCUGAACACGACGUACAAUUCGUCCGUUUUGUUGAACUUUCGACAAACGGAGUCGGCCUUUUGGACUCAGUAUUUGCCGACAGUGAUCGGUGUGUUAGUUCCAACGUAUCCGCCAUCAACCGAAUUUUGGUGGGAGCCAAGGGAACCGUUGCAGAUAGCAUUUUGGAGCAUGGCUGCCGCUUGUAUGUUGCUGAUGGUUUUGGUGGUCAUUUGCUGCAUGCUGUGGCGUAAUGCGAAAAGGCAAACCGAUCGCUUCUACGAUGGUGAUAUGUUCAUCGACCAAUCGGAAAUUGAACGAGACGAUGGCAUCGAAAAUCACAUCAUACAAAAUCCAUCGAGAGGCGAAAAUAUCUACCAAUACCGUGACACCCCAUCCGGAAAGCCGACCAAAUCCCAUCAAGAUUCCCAUUCGAUACGAUCGCCCAGUUCGUUGACCAUGACACAGACGACCAAAACCGGCAGUCAAAAUUCGUUACGCAGUGCGAUCUCACUGAAGGACACGGCUGUAUCGCCGACAUCAAAGGACUCGUCGACAUUCGAGAAAAAUCUGAAAUAUUCGGAACGGAGUGUGGAUCCGAAUCCGAACGGCAGCAAAUACGAUGACAGUAAGAAUUUGCUGAACAAUUACAAUAAGUCGAAAGAAGCGUUAAACAGUGGUUCCAUAGAUCGUCAGCAGGGUCCAACGCCGGUGCCAAGCACAAGGAAGAGUCUAAAAACGAGUAAAACCCACCUGAUUGAGGGUAUACCGCAGACGGAGGUUUAGUUGGCGUUAGUGUCGUUUGGAAAACUGAUUUUAAUAAUUUUAAUUUUGAUGGCACGUCAUGGAUCGUGUAUGUUUGUUCUCUUU